AUGGCCUCGAAAGUGGACGCGCUCAUCAACACCGUCAAGUCCAAGCUUGCGGCGGGCGGGAACAUCUACUACGUCGGGUAUGCCAAGUUCUUCGACGAUACAGACAGUACCUGCGACAAGGUAUCGUGGCAUCUUUGGUGGAAUUAUUUCUACAGAGAGUAUCUCACACAAGCUCGCCGCAAGGCCAUGAACGAAGUCGUUGACAUCAUGAACGAUGCACUGCGAGCCGCCGUGCAACGAGGCGGGCCUCAGGUUCACUUCGUGGACUUUGAUCGAUAUGUCGGCAUCGUAGGCGGCAGAUUCUGCGAACCUGGUCAAGACGAAAGCAAGAAACGUGGAGCCAAUCGACGAGAUCUGUUCUUUUACCAGAUGCAUACGGUUGAUCAGCCCUGGAUACCUCACGAUGAACUGAGACGUCGAGACGAUAAACCAUCAACACCCGAAUCCGGGAGCCCCUUGAACGAGCUGUACGGCGCCUUGAUCCAAGCGACCAUUGACGAAAAUCCCCUGGUGGCUCUCGAGGACGACAAUGCAUCUAAUGAUCUCCAAGCUGAAGUCGAUGAAUUAGAACCUCGGAGUGAACCUCUGCGGCGCGAUUCAACGACCGAGCAACAGCGCGACAUUUCCUCAUCAUACGGCUCUAUCCAAGUUCGGAAGGAUGGCAUGGCAAAUCCAUCGUGGAACAAGACCAUUGGUCUCCAAAACUUCCCAACCGCCACGGCUCCCGCUUCGCCCCCGAGGAACCAACAGUCGCAUGUAUCACAAUGA